AUAUUAAAGCUGGCAGUUACUCAGAUAUUGGCAUAUUUCAGGUUACAUAACAAUAUGAGAUAUACAAUUCAUAUGCAAGGAUACCUAGACAAGAACGAUGUUGCUAGCAUAUAAUUUAGUGCGACACUGUUAACAUGUUACGACAGUAUUGCAGAGACAGGCAUAAAAUAGGUAUACGCAGGCCAAGCUGUGAAGCAAAACACAACGGAUACAAUCCAAAUACUAGCAUUGGCUCCACUUUUUCUAUAAAAUCCAGUUUUAAACUUUUCCCAAGCAUUACUUUGGUAUCGACUAUUCUUGAAGGCAAACUUAUACCAAAAACAGUUUGCAAUCUUGUUUACACUGCAUGCUCGAAGAUUAAGGCUCAGGCUCGUGGGCGUCUUCCUUUGCUUGUCGAGUACAUUGCCAAUGGGAAAAUUGACUCUGAAGUAAAGGUUGGAUUUGCCCUUGAUUUUCUUCUUUCGCAUCCGCAGGGCGACUUCGAUCGAAAGGAGUUUGAACGUGUUAGCGGUGUUGAUAUCGUAGUAACGCCCGAACAAAUCGAGAAGGCUGUGGAAGAGAUCAUCACGCGCCACAAAAGCGCAUUAAUCGACCAGCGUUACCGAUACAAUGUUGGCGCACUCCUGGGUGAAGCGAGAGCUUCAAAUGCGCUACGCUUUGCUGAUGGUAAGAGCGUCAAAGCUGAGGUGGACAUGCAAGUUCUUACCCUGCUCGGCCCGAAGACCGAGGCCGACCUCGUCAAGCCCAAGGGUAAAGCCGCCCCCAAAGACGGCAGCAAAAGCGCGUCUACCGGAGGGGAGAGUGACAAGAACAGAACUAGAAAUAGUAGAACUUUCGCUGACGACGGAGGUUGCUCCAGUAUCCAGGAACUCAUGCGGACCAAGGCACGUUUUCAUAAACCCGGCGACAAUCACAAGACGGAGGGUUAUAUGAUCACGGAUGAUACAAUGAAACUAUUGGCCGCGCACCUCGAACGCACCGGCGGACAAGUUCGUACACGAUUUCCGCCUGAGCCGAAUGGGAUCCUGCACAUUGGCCACGCUAAAGCAAUUAACAUCAACUUCGGUUAUGCUGCUGCGCAUAAUGGCGUCUGCUUUCUCCGUUACGAUGACACAAAUCCUGAAAAAGAAGAGCAAAGAUUUGUCACUGGAAUCUACGACAUGGUUACGUGGCUAGGCUAUAAACCUUACAAAGUAACCUACUCAUCGGACAACUUUGAUCGUCUGUAUGAGCUUGCCAUUGUCCUUAUAAAAAAAGGUCUGGCCUACGUUUGUCACCAACGCAGCGACGAGAUCAAAGGCUUUAACCCGCCGCCUUCUCCUUGGAGGAACCGUCCUAUUGAAGAAAGCCUUGCACUAUUUCAGGACAUGCGAAGUGGCAAGAUUGCCGAAGGUGAUGCUACGCUAAGAAUGAAGGUAACCCUUGAAGAAGGCAAGCAAGAUCCGGUAGCGUAUCGUAUUAAAUUUUGUGCCCAUCAUCGAACCGGUGACAAAUGGUGCAUCUACCCAACGUACGAUUAUACGCACUGCCUUUGCGACUCUAUCGAGGACAUCACGCAUUCGCUUUGCACGAAGGAGUUUCAGUCGCGCCGCUCCUCGUACUACUGGUUAUGCAACAGCGUUGGCGUGUACUGCCCCGUACAGUGGGAGUAUGGCAGACUCAACGUCAAUUAUACUGUUGUUUCAAAACGAAAGAUUGCCGAACUAAUCACAGAAAAGAUCGUUCGCGACUGGGACGAUCCGCGUCUGUUUACGUUAACCGCCCUUCGACGACGUGGAUUCCCUCCUGAAGCAAUCAACCAGUUUACUGCGAAGCUCGGUCUCACGGGGAGUAUCAUGUCGGUCGACCCUAUGAUGCUGGAGAGCUGCGUUCGGGACGUUCUCAACACAACUGCUAAGCGUGUCAUGGCUGUAUUGGAUCCUCUGAAGGUAAUAAUUGAGAACUUUCCAAAAUCGGGAGGUAUUCUACUGGACGUGCCUGAUUUCCCUGCCGAACCUAACCGCGGCUCGCACGCUGUGCCUUUUGACGAUGUAAUCUACAUCGAGCGCGAAGACUUCCGAGAGGAGGCUGGCGAUAAAGGCUAUCGACGUCUGUGUCCAGGGCAGGCAGUAGGUCUGCGUCAUGCGGGCUACACCAUUGAGCUCAAGGACGUAAAGAAAGACGCAUCGUGGAAUGUUGUUGAAAUUCACGUAGCGUGCAAGCCUGUUACUGAAAAUGAAAAGCCAAAAGCGUUUAUUCAUUGGGUAUCCCGCCCUUUGCGAGCUGAGGUUCGCCUAUACGAACGCCUCUUCAAGCAUAAGAACCCCGAAGAUGCUAAUGAAGUGCCCGGUGGUUAUCUGACUGACUGUAAUCCGAAUGCCUUGACUGUGUGCGAUUGCGCUCUUGUUGAAACCAGUCUAAAAGGUGCUAAAGUGUACGAUAAAUUUCAAUUCGAACGUCUGGGCUUCUUUAGCGUUGAUCCGGACUCGUCCGAUGAGAAGUUGGUUUUCAACAGAACGGUGACGCUGAAGGAGGACUCCGGAAAGAACUAAGGCGAAUUUUACUGUGACUCUUCUUUAUCAGCUCUCAUAGGCUGAACGUCCUUGACUGAUUAUUAUGUAUACAACACCUUGUGCUGUAUAUUGAUGAACUAAAUAAAUAAAGGAAUCCGUGCGCCUAUCGUUGCACGAA